AUGAUUGUUAAAGAAAACCCUAAAAUAUAAGGCAAUAAUAAGCAGUUCUUGCCAGCGCCAUAUAAGAAAAAAAGAUAUUACACUCCAUAAGAUAUUAAAGUUCAUAAUACUGCUAAUGAUUGUUGGCUUUCGUUUUUUAAUAAAGUGAUUGAUCUCACUCCAUUAAUUUAAGCAUCAAUUUCAUCUCCAUUAUGUAAACCCCUUAUCGAUGCCGCUGGUACUGAUAUUACUUAUUGGUUCGAUAGCCAAACUAGAGAGCCUAGAAAAAAAAUUGACUUGCAAACAGGAUAAGAAGUAUAUUAUUGUCCUUUAGGGUAGUUUUUGCACAUUCCACCACAGGGACCAAACAGUACAAUAGAUGCUUCUGCUACUCUUGUUCCUUGGUGGAGAAACCCAGAAUACUAAAUAGGAUUAUUAUCAUACAAAGUGAGAAAAAUAAAAAUUGUAAAUAUGCUCUCAGAUCAUGAAGACGUAUUAGUAGUUCCAAGCGAAGAAACCAUAAACGAAAUUUUAGAAAGAUAUAAAACAAUCAAUUACCAUGCAGCAAGCUAUACCUGGAAAAGAAUGAGUAUUCCUCUUGAUAUGGAUAAAAAUCUAGAAGAAAAUGGAAUUCCUGAUGAAACUGUAGAAUUUGAAGAACUUGACAUUCCUGAAACAGAGUGGUAUAUUCCAGCAAUUCAUUUAUAUUUCAAUGAUGAUUUAACAGUGGCUUGA